CUCUCUCUCUCUCUCUCUCUCUCGCUCUCUCUCUCUCGCUCUCUCUCUCUCUCUGUCCGUCUGUCUGUCCGUCUGUCUGUCUGUGUGUUUGUCAGUUCAUGUAAGUCUUUGAUCCCCGCGACCAAAGCAGUGGCAUCUCCAUCUGGUAAGGGUCUAAAGGCGUACUUGGAUUGCGAAAGGAACUUGUUAUUGGUGUGGUAUUGUCUACUUUUGUUUUGGUAUGGAGUUCAAGCGUUCUGUGCAUCUUCUAUAUUUUGUCAGUUUCCUCGACUCUUUCCUCUGGAAACCAUGAGUCUUCCUGGGAACUUGAACAUGGGGGUAACACGCACUAAGGUGUUGUUGUCUGAAGAGACGCCACAGGGUAUAACUCAUGGGCAGAGACCCUCUUAUCCCAGAACAAAGAAUGGAAAUGAAAGAACAGGAGGUUCCUUAUGUGCGGCAAACUCUUCCCUAUUGCUAAGCUUUUUUGCUUUUCAUUCCAGGUUAGGGAAUGCAUGGCAUGGUUUAUAUAUCUUGAGAGGCAUGAUGGCGAUUUGGUUUACCAUGCAUACACUUAUAUUUCUUUUGUAUAGGUACUAAUUUUCAUUCCCCCAUUUGGUCUGCUUUCCUUCGAUUAGUUAUAGACUUGUUGUAACGAUUUUGCCCCAUGAGGCUGAUCAAUAAAGUUUCUUUCUUAAGUCGCAA